AUGUUAAAAUCAUGUAAUAAGAUCAGUCAAAUUGAUAAUGAGACUAUCAAAAAAUCUGGUCCUGGUCUCAGACACGGUCACACGACAGAAUUAUCACACUCUGAAGAAGCCUGUGCUUCUCACCAGUUUUUAGACAUGCUAUCAGAUGUGAUUCAAAGAUUGCUUAACGGCCGCUAUGGCCUCUUUACACUUGUAAGCAAGUUCAGAAGCGGCCGCGUUAUUAUCCGACAGUCAUCAGUUUCUGACUCUAAGCAGUGUAGUCUCAUUCUUUGCUCUUCUGAUAUUGUCAGUGUCUUCUACAGUCUUACAGAUCUAUGA